GAUUGUCGGUUCAGCUCUUCCGGCUUAAUUGACACAUCCCGAUGCGAGCUCGCAAUGAGAAGGAAGAGGCGACAAUCCGAACCUUUCAAAAAUCUUUGGUUUGCGUUCGAUGCAUGGUGCCAAGCAUAAUCUAACUGAAAGCCAUGGCGUCCUCAUCAUCUUCGAGUAGUUCAGCGUUGUUUCGGUUUGCGAUCAAAUGGAUCUUGCUGCCGUAUGGUAUUGGUUGGCUGCUGUCUCAGUAUGCGUCAGCCGAAGUGACGGAGAGAGUUGUGUCCAGCCUCUUGGGCGAAACCACAACUCGCAACAGACGAGCCACAGUCGAGAAUGUGAGCAGUGUGGCUACCGAUGGUGCCAUGGGCCAACGAGACUUUGUGGAAGAGUCACUAGGAGGAGGUGGGGAUCUCUGCUGGCAGCGUUUCAUGGGGUCAUUGGAGGAGAGCGUGGCCCAGAGUGUCGAAGAAUUGCUCCAAGCAGAAGAACAAGGUGGAGUGAAGUUGGUGUUGCAUCGCAACGGUGAUGUAGAAGGAUGUGGCAGUUCUUUGAACUUCAUGACAGAGCUGCGCAUAUAUCUCAAUCGAUUGGGAGAUAGUCUCUGUCCAGUGGCCUUCAGCAAGUACCAAGUUGAGAGUAUUCUGACAAGUGUGUUUCAUCAGUCCAUGGGAGCUUCUUGCAUUUCUCAAGAAUCAGACAGAAGUGAAUGGGAGGGUUUCCUGGGAUACUGCGACAUGGGAGAAGACAAAACUCCCAUUCUACUGGAUCACAAACAGCUGGUGCCUGUUGCCAUGGAUGUCAUCAGUGAUGGCCGGUCAGAAACCAGGACUUAUCUACCAUGCCACUUCCAUUCCAGAGAAGGAGUCAGGCUCACAUCCUUUGAAAAGAUCGUACAACGCAUUGUACAAGAAUAUCAGAAACAAACAGAGAACCAACUUCCCCAAUGCCUAGAGGUCAAGGACAAUCAACAGCAAACAUGCAACGCCAAGGUGGAAAAACAAGUUGACCUCUAUGCAGUUCCGGCUGGACGAGUGUUUAUGUUUGCACCUGCCUAUGUGGGAGAAGUUUUUGAUCUGCCGCAUAUUCAAGGAGCUGAUCCCAGUUUGCCUGUUUACAUGAAAGUACUCUCUGUCUCUCCACGGAUGUUUGACAUUUUCAACUACUUUACCAAGGAAGAAUCAGCUGAGUUGGUUGAAAGGGCAUUGCGAGAGAAAUCGGACACUCACCGCAUCAAACGAUCCUCCACUGGUGCUUCUGGAUAUAACAUCAAUCAAAGGAGAACCUCUGAGAAUGGUUUUGACACUCAUGGAAGGAUUGCUCAAGCUGUCAAGAGGCGAUGCUUUUCAGUUUUGGGUUUUGAUGAAUACAUUGAAGGACACUCUGAUGGCCUACAAAUUCUUCGGUAUAACACAACGAAGGCAUACACUGCACACAUGGACUGGAUUGAUGACGAUGGAAAACAAGACCAUGACUACAACUCAGCAGGAAAAGGAGGCAAUCGAUAUGCAACCAUUCUGCUGUACAUGACAGAUCUAAAAGAUGGUGAUGGUGGUGAAACAGCAUUUGUUAAUGCAAUGCCAGCAAGUGAGAAUGCCCCCUCUUACAAUGAGGCACUCACAGAACUCCGGUCGUCUCAACAGGCUACACUCUUCAAGAAAAACUCAUGGGAAGAAAAAAUGGUUGCCCGAUGUCGUUCUAGUCUGGCAGUCCAGCCCAAUUCUGCCAGAGCAGUUUUGUUCUAUUCCCAGCACCCCAAUGGGGAACCUGAUAAAGCAUCCCUCCAUGGAGGAUGCCCAGUUGUUUCAUCCACACCCAAAUGGGCUGCCAACCUUUGGGUCUGGAAUACUCCGCGAGCUGGAUUUGCAGGUGCCCCCAUGAAUGAAAAGCGCUUGGCUGAGAAGAGAGACAAGGGUGAAGUACCAACAGUACCUUCUGAUGUUCCUCCCAAGAAACAUGUGACAUUUCAAAACAGUGGAAGCGACCCUACAUUUGAAAAUGCAGAGCUAUACUAUGAGGAUCAAUACUGGGGGAGACUUGGUGAUGGAGAUGCUCCCCAUGCUGUCAACUCCUAUGAAGGACAAGUUUGGUAUAUCUUGGUUGAUGGUGCCAUCAAAAAGACGUUUUCUGUCAACAAAGAGCCAGUGCAGGUUUAUACAAUCUAGUAGGUACAUGUAUUUGUUUAGAGCCAAGUGAAAUAAAGGAAUUUGGAAGUACUUCCACAGU